CCCAUUGGAGCAGGCCUGGCCUGGGGGGCUGCUUGUUCCCUGUGCGGGGCUGUGUCCUCAGGGUUGACCACCCUCCGGUCCUGGGCAGAGGGGAGCCUGGAGGAUACUUCACCCAGAGCCUAAUCUACACAGCCAGUCCUCCACACACAGGUUACGGAGCCGACAAAGACCUAAAUGUGAGAGGAGAUAUCAAGAGUCCAGAUGUAGCUUUUGCCUGCUUCAAUGUGUCCUGGGAGGACAUGGUGUUUGGGAGGCAGUGCCAUGUCUUUCUGACCGGACUCAUCCUGGACUCCAUAAGACUGGAGGACUCCAAGGACUGCACUCUCAAGAUAACCAACCUGGUCUAUUUCCUCUGGACAGGACAGGUGAAAGCUGAGGACUUUGUCUCUGAGCUGCUCAGAGUCAUUUGUUCUGAGAGACGGGAGAAGAGCAGAGAGCAGCAGCUCCUGCAGUGGUUGGAGCCCCGAGUCACUCAGCUGGGAGGACAGAUCUACUACGAUGAGGAGGACAGGACCUCAGCCUCUCAGACCCACUGGCUCUGACCUGUCAGGGAACUGAUCUGGAGUCAGGCUCACGUCACAAAUAGCACCUUAUUCCCUAUAUAUAGUGCACUAGUUUCGACCAGAGCUUUUGGCCAUAGGUCUCUGGUCAACAGUAAUCCCCUACAUAAUGAAUAGGUUGCUAUUUGGGAUACACCCUCAGUCAGACCU